AUGCUCCCUAUCAAUGGCGACUGCGAUGAUUGCGUACCUACAUAUCUCAAGAGCUCGCCGUCAAAAGCCAUCUUUUCCAUACUGCCCUUUGCUCUAACCUUUCUCUUUGUGGCGGUGAUUGUGCAUCAGAAAGUCUACCCGCUGCUGUCCUCGUCGACCAAUGACAAGCUCAAUCGAUCAGCAUUUUCUCCCACUUCUCCCCAUGGAGAGGCCUCUGCACAAUCGGCCGCGUACGAGAAACGCAUUUCCAAGCGCAUCUCAUCCGUGGCCUUCUCCGCAACCAUAGCUCUUUCAGCCGUCCUGACCGAGCUGCUCCUCUGUGAAAUCUCGAACUCGUUUAAUCCAACUACCAGGAAGAUCUCAAUUAGCGCAACCGUUACAAGUCUGCUAUGCCUGUUGGUUUUGGUCAUACCUCUAUUGGAGAUAUACUCCUUGAUCUCCCGCUUAGGAUGGAGAUUCACUGGUGGUACCAGGGCGAGCGCCCUGGCUGCUUGGGCGCUUGAGGUUAUUGGAUUCACCACAUUUCUGGCUGGCUUCUGGUUCGUCGGAGUGCUUCUACCAGAUGCCGGUGAAAGUCAAUCGAAGGCCGGCGCAAAUCUCGUCACAGCAUGCCUCGAAAGGCUAGGGAUUACGGGGACCUCAAUGAUGGCGUUGCUUUCUGGUUUUGCCGCAGUCAGCGCAAUUUGGCAGAACCUCACAACCCGAGCUCGGAUAGUCUCCGAAGCCGAUAUCAAUCGCAAGCAAGCUGGGCUAGAUGCGACGUUGGAUAUGCUUUCAGCCAAGAAGGCUCGUCUCAAGCAAUUGGAACUAAAAGUGUCAGAUGCCCCUGCGAGAGGGUUCUUUCAGAAAGCUAUGGGCUCCAUUCGUGGCAAUGCCGACAUGCAGGAGCUGAGAACGCUCGAGCUUGAGGUCUCUGGCUUGAAGACAAUGUCUGCUUCCCUGCACAACUCACUUUCUAUCCUCCGGUCCAGAAAGGCAUCACAGCUUCGGUCAUCUACGGCCAUUGGACGCGCCACGAAUCUUGUUUCCUAUGUCUUCUCUUGCUAUUGUGUCUAUCGGAUUGGUUCUAUCAUGAUCAACAUCAUCCGAAGAACUCUAUACUCAAACUCGUACUCUGCGCCUACAGAUCCCGUCACGAAUGUUAUUGCUUUGUUCGCACGACAUGUCUAUCCUUCCCUGAACCAAGCAGCUUGGGCAAGACAGAUAUCCUUCUUGCUGAGUGGGGUCAUCCUCACGGCGUCUUUCAAUGCAGUGCUACAGACGUUCCAUCUUUUUGCACGAUUUUUGCCUGGGGUUCUGCAGGCCGCCAGAUCAAAUAUCCCAUUGCUCAUUAGUCAAAUUGCCGGAUUAUACGUCAUCAGCUCAGCACUGCUGUUGAGGAAUAUGAUGCCUAGGGAGGUUGGGGGUGUGAUCAGCGAAGCGUUGGGUACUGGUGUACUUCAACCUGCAUGGACGGAGAAGUGGUUUGAUGGAUGGUUCAUUGGAUCUGUGGUGGUGACGGGUGUUGGAAUCUGGCUGAGCCACAAGGUCAAAGGUGAUGGCGUCUGGGAUGACGAUACAUGGGAUACAGAUGUUGAAAUGGGGAAACGGUUAUAG